UCAAACCAAAAUGACAACCCAAAUAGCUCUAUAAAAUCCAUUAGCAGAUUCCGACCCAUUCCAUCAUCUCUCGCUCCGAUAAACAAUCAACCAAUUAAGUAUCUCUCUCUAAGAAUUUCUCUCGUCGGAAAUGGAGUCAACGGGAAAAUCGAAGAAGGGUGCCGCCGGAAGAAGCCGUGGUGGCCCAAAGAAGAAGCCUGUUUCCCGUUCUGUCAAGGCUGGUCUGCAGUUUCCCGUCGGUAGAAUUGGUCGCUUCUUGAAAAAAGGCCGAUACGCUCAUCGUGUUGGUUCUGGUGCUCCCGUUUACUUGGCCGCCGUUCUUGAAUACUUGGCUGCUGAAGUGUUGGAAUUGGCUGGAAAUGCUGCUCGUGACAACAAGAAGACUAGAAUUAUUCCAAGGCAUUUGCUGUUGGCAGUGAGGAAUGAUGAAGAGUUGGGGAAACUUCUUGCUGGUGUGACGAUUGCACAUGGCGGUGUUCUUCCAAACAUCAACCCAGUUUUGUUGCCAAAGAAGACUGGAACUGCUGAAAAGGCGCCUAAAUCUCCUUCCAAAGUUCCCAAGUCUCCUAAGAAGGCCUAGAUUGAUGACUGGUUUGGGUUUUUGGGGAGGGGGGGGGGGGUGUUUAAAUCUUUUUGUGUAUGUAAUUUUGUUGUUUUAGAAGAAUCCAUUGAUUGUGUCCUUCAUGGAUAGUAAAAUGGGAUUAGCUGGGAAGUAUUGUUAGAUCUUGUGUUAGGUUUUUCUCUAUUAUCAAUGAAAUGAAACCCCUUGUUUCGAGUUUA